AUGGACCGAAUUGACAAAUACAAACGAGUGGAAGAGGACCAGCUGCAAGGGGAAGGAAAUGAGAAGGUUAUCCCACAAAGGAGGAGUGAUUUUAGGUUGGACCGAUACAACAAUGACUGUUCGAGGAGAGAUUUCGCAGGGCAAUCCGUAUCAACCAAUACGCAGACGGUUAACGCCGUAUUCAGAGAACCAGUACAUCAAGUUUUGGAGAAAAUCAAGAAUGAACCAUUCUUCAAGUGGCUGACUAAGAUGGCUGGAGACUCCAUAAAGCAUAAUCAGAGUCUGUAUUGUCAAUACCACCAAGACCACGGACAUAUUACAGAAGACUGCAGGAACCUUUGGAACUACCUUGAUCAGCUAGUUCGAGAAGGGAAACUAAGGCACCUCUUGCAUCCUUCCAGUGGCCAUCAAGGCUACGUAAACCAGGAGCCCCGAAGAGACACUUCCUUAAGACCACCCAUAGGAACGAUAAGCGUAAUCUUUGCCGCUUCGGGGAGGACGGGCUCAUGCCCUACUAGGGUGAUGUCUGUAGGUUGGCUACUCGCCAAUAACUCUGGCCUAGAACUAAAAAGACCCAAAGUGUAUCCUCAUCUAUUCUUGGGUUUCUCCGAGGAAGACAAAAUUGGAACCAUCCAACCCCAUGAUGACGCGUUGGUAAUCACUCUUCGAAUUGGGCGUUACGACGUAAAAAAGGUAAUGGUAGAUGGUGGUCGUGGGGCCGAGAUCAUGUACCCUGAUCUCUAUAAAGGGCUAAAGUUGAGACCGGAAGACUUGACGUCCUACAGCUCUGCCUUGUUAACUUUUGAUGGGAAGAUGGUCAUGCCAAAGGGCCAGAUUUGA